AUGAUGGCGACAGUGCGCCGCGUUGUGUGUGUGUUGGCCGCUGCUCUGUGCUGCACGGCCUUGUGCGUGACGGCUUCUGCGGCACUCUCUGCGCAGCCGACAGGUACUGGCACUCUUUUGACGACAGAGUCUCUGCAGGUGGAACCACGCUCCCAAGAAACUCCUUUGGUGAGCGAGCCACCUGAAUCGCCGGAUGAACUUGCUGCGAAGAAGGUGCUGCAGGCCAUGGCGGGGGAGGCGGAAAAAGUUCUCCGCGUGGUCCACGACGUAUUGGAGGCUGCUGUGGUGAAGGUGGUUUUGCCGUCGCUGGAAACGUCGUUCACCGCGCUGACGGACCUGAGCGCGUCUCUGCCGCCGGGUGAAGGAUCGAAGAUUAAGGCACCGGUGGAAGCCAAGAAUCCUCCAACAGUGGCGAGCGUCAGGGAGGCAAAGGUCGAGAUUGGUAAGGCAGCGCUCAAGGCUGCGGAAGCAAAUUCAAGCUUCAGUGCGCUGGGGGAUAAGGCGGAGAAAGCAGUUGAAAACGCAAAGGCCGCGGCGCAAGUGUUCAUGGAUGCUCUGAAGAAAGACACUGGGAAGGGGGGCGCUGCUUUUGUCGCGGUGGCCGACGUUGUUAAGAAUCUGACGGAUUCGGGCGCUGUGGCGGUUGAAUGUCAGGAUGAGGCGAAAAAGAUCGCAAAGCUGGUGGAGAUCACCUCUCUUGCUCUGGACGCAGCAGCCAACGUAACGCAGAAGGCCUCGGCAUUUGCCAAAAAAGAACCGGCUGAACCCACAGAGGAAGACAACAAAGAACUCGAUGCGUUGCGAACUGAGUCCGCCAUGGCCUCAACCCUCGUGUAUGAUGCCCUCAAGGACAGCGUGGACGUCACUGUGUCCGCUGCACUUCUGCUGAACCGCACUCGCAAACUGCUCAACGUUAUGAAGACUGUGAAACUGAAUGAUAAAGGCAUCAAGACGCUGGCUGGUGCAUUUGACGCGAUCGGUACGGCGAAGGAGGCGGCUCUAAAGUUUCUGAAGGGUUCGGAAGUUGCGCUACCGGAAGUGGAGACGAAGUUGACUGAGGUCAUAGAGAAAAUCGAUGACAAACAACUCGCCGCUACUCUGACAAAGGCUCGUGAGCAUAUUGCUCCUGUUGAGGAUGCCGUUAAAUCAUUAUCUACGCAGCCAGAGAAGGCAGCUGAAAUCCCAGCGAAUGUGAAGAGUGAUAUCGGCACUGGUGUGGAGAAAGUGAACGACAGUUCUUCUAAUUCUGACGGUCUUGCCAAAUCAUCUACUCCAACGAUACAAGCUGCGGCCACGAAAGUUUCUGAAGCAUUGGAGAGUGAGACCUCUGCGGGCGAUGCGGUGACCAGAGUUUCCGAGUCUGUGGGCAAGGACAUCACUGCAGACACUACGGCUGCUGCUCAGCUGGUUGCAGGUAUUGAUGGCAGUGAGAUCCCCACGUGGGUGCGUGACCCACUGAUGCUACUGCUGCUGGCCUGUGUGGCCGUAUGGUAA